AUGACUGCAGACACCAGGAAGGCAGGAGAACGAGCACUGGUGCUCAAAUUGGACCGCUGGCUGAUACCCACUGCUGUGGUCGUAUACCUCUUGAACUACAUUGAUCGUGUUGCUGUUACUGCUGUGCGGCUGCAAGGUUUAGAGCAAGAUCUUGGAUUGACAACCGUUCAGUAUGAAACUAUUCUGGCUAUUCUUUAUGCCACUUAUUGCCCGAUGCAAAUACCUUCGAAGAUGACGCAACUCAGACCAUCAAUUUAUAUUGGAGCCUGCGUUGUUGGAUGGGGCCUUACCAGUGCUUUGACUGGGGUCACAACUAAUUUUUCAGGCAUGAUGGCUUGUCGUGUAUUCAUCGGUGUUCCUGAAUCAAUUGCAGCUGGAAUUCUCACAAAAAUGCAAGGCAUACUGGGACUUUCGGCCUGGAGAUGGUUGUUCUACAUAAAGGGCGCCAUCACCAUGGCCUUUGGCUUCUUGACCAUGUGGCUUCUUCCAGAUUUUCCCCAUAACACUCGAUGGCUUAACACAGCGGAACACCACUUGAGUCAAGUUCGCCUCGCAGAAGAUGCAGGGGAGGCCGACAAGGAUUCCGAUAACCUUAUCUUGACUGCCACGCUUGGUUUCAGCACUACUAUCACACUUUUGAUGGCGUUUCUGCUGCUUACUCAAUGCAUGGCAUGCAGGGUGGCCAUGCUUGGAUAUAUCAUCUCUCUAUCCACCAUGGCCAUGGGCGGGCGAUACUUUUCAUUGUUCCUCAUGACCUCUGGAUAUUGUGGAUUUGCAUUGACAUUGACCUGGGUUGCAAACACCAUUCCUCAUCCACCGGCAAAAUGCACUGCAGCCCUUGGUCUUGUCAAUGGGUUUGGAAACCUCAGUAACUUGUGA